ACAACCAAUGAGGACAUGAGGGCUCUGGGCCAGAACCCCACCAACACUGAGGUGCUCACGAUCCUGGGGAACCCCAAGAGUGAUGGGAUGAAUGUGAGGGGGCUGGACUUUGAGCAUUUUCUGCUCAUGCUCCUGAUGGUGGCUAAGAACGAGGACGAGGGCACCUAUGAAGAUUAUGUAGAAGCAAUUCAGAUGUUUGACAAGGAAGGAAAUGGCACCAUCAUGGGUGUUGAAAUCUCACAAGGUGUUGUCACACUGGGUGAGAAGAUGACAGAGGAAGAAGUAGAGAUGCUGGUGGCAGGGCAUGAGGACAGCAAUGGUUCUAUCAGGCAUGAAGCACUGGGAGGUAUAUCCCGUCAGGGUGACGGGCCCAUGGGACACAGCUCAUCCUUAUGGUGCUGAAUGGCUGAGGACCUUCUCAGUCUCCCAGAGCCCAUGUCAUUCCCU